AGAGGAGGUUUACUGGACACACAGGGAGAAACUACAGUCUGAAUCACACCCAUGAUGAGACUACCUUUAAAGGUUUGGUAUUUGUUAGUGUUUAGGUUAGAGUCAGUUUCAAGUUUUGGCCAGACGGGCUGUCAAUGGGAUGUUGGUCUGAAAAGUCCAUUUAGUCUUUCCCUUCUCAAACCUGUCCUCCCCCUAACCAGUUCAUAUCAUGUAUUCCUCCACCAGCACACCUCAUUCACUAAUCAGAGGUUUGAUAAUUAGUUGACCAGUGGUACAAAGGGGACUGGAUCUAGGUGAACUAUGUGGAGUGUCUUCCAGGGACAGUACAGUACAGACUGACAAGAUUACAACAGUGUAGUUUACUCAACUCAUUCAAACUAUCAUGACUAUUGUUUAGAGAGAAGAUCUGCACAAGGGCAUAAAGUGUAAGAUAUAGCAAGAGAGGACAAUAUGGUGCAAGGCAGCCAAAGUGGAAUCAAAAGUCAUAGGCCUAAUCAUCAAUCAAAUAUGAACUAUAAAACCAAAAUAUAAUCUACAUAUAAAGACAACAUGUCAUCUACAUGUGUUAUAGAAAAGCUCCCUUCUCACAUCCCAGGUCACAUAUAAAGACACCAUGUCAUCUACAUGUGUUAUAGAAAAGCUCCCUUCUCACAUCCCAGGUCAUGUUUGGACUAGAACGUGACAACUCAACGGGCUAUGCGCAUCUCCCCAAUAGCCGACAGACAACUUUCCUGAGUGCAAUGUCAUUAAUGUGACAGAUAUGUGUACAGUAUAAUAAGCAUAGCGAAGAAGAAAAAUAUCCUACUUCUGACGCACAGCAGAGACAUCGCUGCUGAGAUUUCCCCUGGAGCAAGAGUCCCUCAAGAAUUUACAAACACUCAUUGCGUUUCAAUGAAUGUACUCCCCAAACGCUUGUUGCAUCGUAAACUAUCCUCGCAGUCCCUUGGGAGUUCAGCGGAUGGAUGAUGCGCCGCUGCCAUUUACUUGGAUGAGAAGUUGGACGAACGCUCCUCCAGCUGACGGUACGCAAUGGUGGAGAACUACAGCGUGGUGAUGUGUCGUUCACGAACGAACGGAUCUUUUUGAACGGAUCUUUUUGUUGAACGUCUGGAGCCGCAUUGCAUCGGUGAAAGAGCCAUUCAUCUGUCUCUCUGAUUUGCAUACUGCUACUAGUGCUUGUUGAGCUCAGAACAACGUUUUUCUACAGAUAAGUUACAACAUCAUUAUCUAAAGGGGGUGAAUCCUCACUGCAGAAACAAUAAAUAGUGUGGAGAGCGGGUCAAUCUGGUCCACGAGGAUUUAUUUCAUGCUUAAAAACGAAUUCUUCAUUUUUUACCCGCAUUUCACGAUCUGACUUAAUGGUAGCCUACCUUUUGGCUUUUACAUUGAAUAUUUGCAAUUUUUUCAUUGUUCUAGAUUUAUUUUAAGCAUUUUAAAGGUAGAUCCGUUUAUGAGCCAAAUGAACCCGCUCUUUUACUUGAACGGAGCCAAAUGUGCCGGCUCACCGAAUAGACUCAGAAAGCCCAUCACUACUACAGCGGAGAGGUCAAAUCCAAACAGAGCACCACAAUCAACAGGCAGGCGGUUAUUGGGAUUUGACUGUCACAGGGACCAACUAAUAAGAGGUUAUAAUUCAUUGGAAUUGUUGUGAUUGUAUGUUUGUCUGUACAGUUAUGGCUGUCCUGUUAUUAUUUUGUGUCUUGAUCAAUAAUGAGUAGCUAAACCAUAUCGACUUUUGGACACUGAUGCGCAGGAGAACCCCUAGCUGUCAAUCAAGCAGGCGCCGGUGAACGGAUUAUGACGCUCAAGCGUUCCAAAUGACGCAACAAUACAGUUCCAGAACAGAGAAAGUUAAUGCCGAAGAUGUUGUUCGGUUCCACACUAAAACUGCUGUUUGACAAGUGUGAUUUGAGAAAUAAAACUUGUAGACCUUUCCUGCAGUCUCUGAGGAGAUGGACACCUCUUCUUCUUCUGGACGAUCUCCGUCUCCUACUGGGACUGUCUUCUUACCCCCUCCUAUCAUGUGGAACAGUCUCUACAAGCAGGCAGAGAUGGAGGUUCAGUUCCUGAGGGAAGAGAAGAAGACCUGUACAGAGAAGGAAGCCCACAUGCUUGAGUUGAGGGGGAAGGAUCGAACGAUCCGAAAUCAGAAGAAGGAGAUGGACAGACUUCAAGUGUGCCUCUGGGAGGAGGAAAAGAAGAAGAGGAAUGGUGGAACGGAGAAGGACAAGAUGAUUGAACAAUUACAGUCUGAGACAGACCAUCUCAGAGCCCUUUUGAAAGAUGAAAGGAGGAGAAGAAGAGUAGAAAGGGGUAUUAUGAAAGAGUGGAAGGCUGAGAUCCUGAGACUGAGGGAGGCAGAGAGCCACAGGGAGGUAGAGAGACAGAGAGAAGCAGAGAGAAGCAGCGAGACAGAGAGAAGCAGAGAGGCAGAGAGAGCCACAGAAUGGGAGAACCAGAGACAAAUGCUGGAGAUCAACAGACUCAAACAACUGCUGGAGCUGCUGAUGGUGGACCUACAACUGGCCCACGUAAGACAUGUCAUUGUUAUUAUUAAAAGGCAGUGUAUAUUCACCCGGCUGAAAAUGAAUGGCAGCAGUAUGCUAACCCAAUGUUAACUUUUAUGCCUUUCCUAAACGUUAACCCUUACCUUAACCUCACUGAAACUAUACCUAACCUUUACCAUAACCCAACCCUAGGUCCUAAACCUAACCUUCAUUUAUCUCAACCCCUACGCCUUUCUUCUGCCGGUUGAAUAUCCACUUCCUUAUUAACGUCAUUACUGUUGUUGUUGUUGACAACUGUAUCUGUGCAGGUUGUAAAUAAUUGCAUUAGUGAAACAUCAUUUGUAGGAGUAAUUUCUACAAGCAUAAACAUCAGAGGCAACAUUAAAUUGCAACGGGAAUUUCUCAAACCCCUAACUGAAUGGGCAAGCUAGAACUGUGUGUUUGUAUUUGUACACAUUUUGGACAUAAUUGAUUCCAUAAAAUGUCUCAUAAUUUUUUCAAACCAUGUCAAUACAUUAAUUGACAAUGAAUUGUCCAGAUGAAUUGAUCAAAAUGACCCUGCUAUUGAUGUUGUUCAGUGUUUGAUUCAAUUACCUAGGUCUAAGUUGUAUUUCUAUGUAUCAUUCUCUGCAAAUGCUUUGAAAGUAUGUCUUGGUCAUAGAUUAUCACUAAUUUAACCUUUUCAAUUUAAGCAAGAGAUAGAGAGAUUGAGGCUAUGGC